GUAAGAGUUAGUCUUUUGUUGCCUGGAAUUUCUUUCCUGAAGUUUGUGUGCAUUUUUGAACGAAUUAUGGCACCACAUGCCAGAGAAAUAUGAAUGCAAAAUGACUCGUUACACAUCAUGACGACUUAUGGGGGAAAAUAAUCCAUGGAAAAUGAAAGUAACUAACUAACUAACAUUCUCCCGAAUUUCAAAAUCGGAGGAUCACAUCCUAGUGAAGUUAGAUUUUCCAAAUUCAGCUUUCUAGUAGGUUAUAGGUUAUUUCUGGCACGUCUUCUAACGUAUGUUUUCGUCGAUCAAAGACGAUAGUGCUUUUGUUUUCGUUUGCUUCUAACCUGAAGUAUUAAUAGUGAGGCACACCACAAAUCACUAAAUUGUCCACACUCGACUUAUCGUGGUGGGCGAUGCUAAUGCUCUACGGCAAGUAGCUUUGGAGUCGAUGGGAAUACACCACAAGCAAUGCUUGCCACUAUUGUGACCAGUACAGUGAAAUAGAUUUGUAGCUUGCCUAUGUCUGUCUUAACUGUGUGUAUGCAGCCGAAUAAGUUCGUGCCAGUUACUUACUGGCGUAAAUCUAAAGUUGGUACCCGUUGAAGUAGUGCUAUCUUUGACGUGUAUGAAUUUUGAUUGUUGUUUGUUUGUAAAGCUUGGUGCGAAGUGUGGGCUGUGCGUGUAAGUGAAACGGAAGGAAGCUUAUUUUUGAAUUAAGAUACAGCUUGGUGGUGGCGGUGUGAAACAUAAGAUGAAGGAUGUAAUCGAUGUAAUGCAGAUGCAGAGGGAUAAGAUGAAACCACUACCUGUGGUAGACUAUAGGCAGUCAGAGGGCACUUUCAUUACAGUUAGAUUUAUUUUUGAAUGUGGUGUGAAGCUGGAAGCACAGCCAUUGACCAUAGCAACUGCAGCUGUUUUAUUCCACAGAUUUUUCAAAGAGACUGACAGUAGCGGAUAUGAUUGUUAUUUAAUUGCUGCAACAACAUUAUACCUUGCUGGAAAAGUGAAAGAUGAUCCCCUGAAGAUAAGAGAUGUUAUUAAUGUGACGCAUAAUACUCUGCAUAGAGGUUCAGCACCUUUGGAGCUUGGAGAUGAGUACUGGAACAUGCGUGAUGCCAUAGUUCAAGCAGAAUUGUUGAUCAUGAGAAUGCUGAAGUUCGAGGUCACUGUAACACACCCUCACAAGUAUAUGCUUCAUUACUUGAAAACACUGGAAGGAUGGUUUGACAAAGAGGAGUGGAAAAAGGUUCCUCUGGUGAAGGCAUCGGCAGCCUUUUUGCAGGAUUUCCAUUAUGACCCAGCAGUACUGGACUAUGAACCUCAGCAUAUAGCUGUUGCAUGCAUAAAUUUGGCACUUCAGUGCUAUGGUGUCCAGGUACCAUUGACAGAUGAAGGAGAGGAAACUCCUUGGUAUUCUGCAUUUGUUGAAGACCUGUCAAAGGAAAAGUUGUGGGAAAUAAUGGAGAAGCUGAUGGAAGUUUAUGAAGCAGAUUCCAAUGUGCAGUGCUAAAUUAAUUAAUUUUUGGGACCUGUUACCACAGUGUGAUAAUGUUGAACUCUUUCUCAAGAGAAAAAAAUUUUGUUUUUAGUUUCAGAUGUAAAUGAACUACAAAACAACUUAUCUUGCAUAAGUUGUUCCUGUGAACAGUUUGAUUUUGUCUGCUUAUUGCAUAGUUACUCUUGAAGAAAGACAGACAUGUUUUAUGUGAAAUUUCAGGGUGUAUGAAAGGAGUGCACUUUUUUGCACAUUUAAGAUGCCAAGUUUGUGUUGUACACCAUGAACUAUAUAAGAAAUCUGCAUUUCUAGUUUUAACCAAGUGUACAAAUAAAAUUUUUAUACAUUUGUGACGGUUUGAAAUAUUAAUGCAUAUUGUUUAUACUGGACUGUUUUGUUUGUGGUGUAAAUAACUAAAAGUGACACUAUAGACUAAAAACAAAUUUUUGUGAGAACAAGUCUUAAUUUCUCUAUUGAACAUCAGUGGCAGUAAUUGUUGAGACAACUUCAGUCUUUCAUUGUCUCUGGUUCCCCAUGAAUCAUGUAUCAUAUUUGCCCGAGCAUAAGGUGACCCUGAUUAUAAAGUGAAACCUCUUUUUUUUCGAAAAACAUUAUUGGGGAAUAUCUUUUUAGCAUGUUCUUGCUUAUCAAAAUUGUAUACUGUUUUAUUGACAUAAACUUUGCCUAAAAAGUUUACAUUAUACCUAUUCUAAAUUUAUCCCAUUUAUUAAUUUUUUACAUUUUGAUAAUAGAACAUAAAAUAAAAUAGAGAGAGAUUGUUUAUAUUCA